AUGCUGAUAGACCCUCGAGGCGGUGAACCCCUUCCCGACGCCGAAACCAACCAUUUUAGAUCCUCUGACUAUCCUGAAGACAACAAGUCUACUCCUUACAUCGGCGAUGGUGCCAGUCCUGGCAAAAUAUUUAUAGGAGGUUUAGCGAGAGAGACAAGUUCGGUACAAUUUCUUGAGCAUUUUGGUAAAUAUGGUGAAAUUACGGAUUAUGUGAUAAUGAAGGACCGGAAAACAGAACAACCUCGUGGAUUCGGGUUUGUGACUUAUGUAGAACCUUCUGUGGUUGAUAAAGUCAUUGAGGACACUCAUGUUAUUAAUGGGAAUCAAGUAGACAUUAAGAGAACAAUACCAAAAGAAGCUUCUGGAAGUAAAGAUUUCAAGACUAGGAAGAUUUUUGUAGAUGGAAUUCCUUCAACUGUAUCCGAAGAUGAGUUCAAGGACUACUUUAUACAAUAUGGAGAAGUUAGAGAACACGAAAUCAUGCGGGAUCAUGCCACCAAUCGUUCCCGUGGUUUUGGGUUCAUCACUUUUAAAACGGAACAAGCGGUUGAUGAUCUCUUGGAGAAGGGAAACAAGAUUGACUUUACCGGAGCUCAGGUGGAGAUAAAAAGGGAAAUCAAGUUAUACAUUAGGCAGCCUCAGUUCAUGAAUGAAAUCAAAAUUUAA